AAUGAAAUAUCGGAAUAUGGAAGGAUUAAAUUAUUAAGAGGUGCUGACCCUAAAAAAGAUCAAAGCUAUUUUCUCUCAGCGGUUCUUGAAGAAAAAUUUCGAAAUAAACCAUUUUCGGAAUUUCUGGAACAAUAUCUUAUUGGUCAACUUGGUGACAUUAAAACUUUGGAUGGUCAACAUAAAGGACAACAUGCGUACACAAUUGGUCAACGUGUUCAGUUUCUUAAUUGCCCAAGUAAUCCAAUGUUUUUCUCUAAUAGCCUUAUUGCCAAAGAUUGGUGCUUUUUUUUUGAUCAAAUAAGAUAUCGUCAAGAUCCAGAUCAAUUUAAAGUGCAAUUAAGAUCUGAUAAUAAAUAUUUUGUUGAAUUUAAAGAACCUCAAUGGACUAUAGCUCCGGGACAGAUUUCAUCUGUCUCAGAAAAAUCUCGUAGUCAAAAAUCAACCAAAGUAAUAAAAUUUGGUACAUCAAUACGUGAAGAAACGAAUUUUUCAUUAUUAUCAAACCUUUCACUUAUGCUUGAGACUGUAAUAAAACUUCGUGGUUUAGGACAGAGUGGCCGUGGUAGCUUUUGGUCAAGGAAGAUUGAUGAGAAUGUAUGA